AUGAUGAAGAAAGCCAAUCAAUACGCCAAUCAUCGUUUUUCGCCUGAAGUCAUUGAAACAGCCGUUUGGUUGUAUCACCGAUUUUCUUUAAGUUUUCGAGGUGUCGAGGAUCUGAUGGCUCAUCGAGGCGUGAUCGUCUCCUACGAAACAGUCCGUCGAUGGUGUAUGAAGUUCGGGCCCGCUAUCAACGCGCACUGA